AUGUACGAGGCCUCUAAGGAUGGGCUCUUCCGAGUGGACAAGGGUGCAGGCAAUAACCCUGAAUUUGAGGAAACACGCAGGGUGUUCGCCACCAAGAUGGCUAAAAUCCACCUCCAGCAGCAGCAACAGCUCCUGCAGGAGGAGACCCUGCCCAGGGGGAGCAGAGGCCCUACCAACGGUGGGGGCCGCCUGGGCCCACAGCCUCACCGGGAAGCUGGUGUGGGCAGCAAGCUGACCAUGGAUGGUGCUGCCAAGCCCCCUCUUGCUGCCUUGACAGUGGCACCUGGGGCAGCCACUGCCAUCACUGCUGGACAGCCCUCGUACCCACCGCAGGAGCAGAGGGCCAGGCCAUAUGUCCAUGGCACAAAGCAGGACUGUGGUUCCAGGGAGAUCCCAGCGAGUUCUGAGAUGUCUGCUUUCCACCAGCCGGGCCUCUGUGAGGAUCCUUCCUGCCUCACUCACGGGGACUAUUAUGACAACCUCUCCUUGGCAAGCCCAAAGUGGGGAGAUGAACCAGGAGCAUCCCCCAGCGUCAGCCUGGGUGUAGGGAGUGGGUGGCCCAGUGCCUCAGGGAGUGACCCGCCACUGCCCAUACGCUGCGGGGACCAUCACCUGUAUCAGCCGCAGGUCUCCCAGAGCUCCAGCAGGUCUUUUGAGAGUGGUCUUGGUAGCCAGGAUGGUGGCCUUGGUGGCCGCAGCAGUGAGAAGCCAGCAGGCCUUUGGUCCACUGCCUCCUCCCAGCGGGUGAGCCCUGGCCUUCCUUCCCCAGGCCUGGAGAAUGGUGCUCCAACACUAGGGCCUGCUCAGACCAGGACCCCUUCUGUUGCAGCAUCCCUGGCUCUGAGCUGCCCUAGUCAAGGAGCCCUUCCAAGAACAAACUCAGGGCUGGGGAAUGAGGUUUCAGGCAUGAUGUCCAAACCCACUGUAGUGUCUCAACCCUGGUUCCAGGAUGGGCCCAAAUCUUACCUUUCUAGUUCUGCCCUGUCAUCUACUUCAGCUGGCAUGGACAGUUCACAGCCAAGAGUGGUCUCUGGGCUGGAACCUAAGCCUGGCUGUACAGACCUUGGCAGUGGUGCCAAGCUCAGCUCCACCAGCCUUGUCCAUCCAUUGGUGUCCACUCCGCCUGAGUUAUCUUGCAAAGAGGGUCCCUCUGGCUGGUCCCCUGAUGGUGGCCUGGGACCUGUGCUCCCAGAGAGCCCCAGCUCUCCCAGGGUGAGAUUGCCCUGCCAGACCCUCAUCCCGGGCCCUGAACUCGGACCCUCAGCUGCCGAAUUGAAGUUAGAAGCCCUCACCCAACGUCUGGAGCGAGAGAUGGAUGCUCACCCGAAGGCUGAUUACUUUGGAGCCUGUGUGAAAUGCAGCAAAGGGGUGUUUGGGGCCAGCCAGGCCUGCCAGGCCAUGGGGAACCUGUACCACGACACGUGCUUCACCUGUGCAGCCUGCAGCCGAAAGCUGAGAGGAAAGGCAUUUUAUUUUGUCAAUGGCAAAGUGUUUUGUGAGGAAGACUUCCUGUACUCUGGUUUCCAGCAGUCUGCUGACAGGUGUUUUCUUUGUGGACAUCUGAUCAUGGACAUGAUCCUGCAGGCCCUGGGGAAGUCCUACCACCCUGGCUGUUUCCGCUGUGUCAUCUGUAAUGAGUGUUUGGACGGAGUGCCUUUCACUGUGGACUCAGAGAACAAGAUCUACUGUGUCCGAGAUUACCACAAGGUGCUGGCCCCCAAGUGUGCAGCCUGUGGGCUUCCCAUCCUGCCACCUGAGGGCUCAGAUGAGACCAUCCGUGUCGUGUCUAUGGACAGAGACUACCACGUGGAGUGUUACCACUGUGAGGACUGUGGACUGGAGCUCAAUGAUGAAGAUGGUCAUCGCUGCUACCCGCUGGAGGAUCACCUGUUCUGCCACUCCUGCCACGUCAAGAGGCUGGAGAAAGGCCCCUCGCCUGCAGCCCUUCACCAGCACCACUUCUAGCCAGAGCGUCUUGUGGAGC